AUCUUGUGCCUUGCUGAUCAGGUUUUUGUUUUCCUGGAUGCUGUUCUGUGAGGCAUGUGGAACAGACUAAUCCAGGACUUAAUUUUAUAGCGUGUUUCUCUGCUGGAGUCUGCUGAGUGGAGCAAAAAAAAAAAAUGACCAGGAUCUUACUGUUCAGCUUGGCAGCCCUCCUCUGCUAUAUCCAGUCUGAAGCUCUCAAAUGCGUUGUCUGCAAAAUGCUCACUGGAUGUGAAAAAACUACAGGAGUGACCUGUGAAGCCUUACCUGGGCAGCAGUGUGUGGCUACCCGUGUCUUCAAAGUAAAGAUACGAGAUUUUACCCUGAAAGGCUGCACUUUGCCAGAGGACAAUCAUAAAUGCAACUCUUUUAAAGAGGAUCAGAUCUGGGGCACUAUCAAUACAACGUGCUGUAAUGACCAAGACCACUGCAAUGAAUGAAACCCACACCAAGUCCGCAUCAUCCGCAUAGCUAUCAGUCCAACAGCAGUUCCUUCAUGACAGUCUUGGAAUUCUUCUAAGAUGCCUCUGCUGUGCUGUAUCGCAGUUUGAAGAA